UAGAUCUAGAUGUAAAGCUGCUUUAAACCUAAACACACGCUUUGGUCACGGAAUAGAAAACAAUUAUUUAAUUAAAUCCACAAGGGAAAAGGUUUUCCUGUAGCCAUCUGUAGCAGCAACUUGGUCUACUUUCGACUCGAAAUAAUGCGUUCCAUGGAAACAACUCAGUGGAUGAAUAAGUAAAGACAUUAAUAUAGCUUAUGCGGAAGAAGAAUUUUGACUUCUCUGUCAGUAGUGUCAAUGUGCUGUCAGUGCAACGAACUGUCAGUCAGUUGUCACUUGUCAGUGUCAACUGAAUAACAGCUGAGAGAAACAGAAACUUGAACUGGCUUUUGUAUUUUGAUAACAAAUCAAAAAUAAAAUGGAAAAAAAUUUAGAGCAUUCAAUGGGACAACUUAUCAACACACCAGGAGUGUAUGGAUGUGUUUUUGCAGAUAGACAUGGUCUCUGUUUGGGAAUGAAAGGAGAAACUUCAACAAACAGUGCUGGCAUUAUUGGUGCAAUUGCAGAGGAAGCCUUAAAAAUAGAACCAAAUAGUAAACCUCCAGUUAUACAUUUUGAAAAUGAUAAUCGUUCAUGUACUAUUCAAAGGAUUGGUACUAUAACUGGAGCUAUUUUCAAGAAUUUACAAAACUAAACUAUAGGACUCAUUUUAAUACAAUAUAAAAUAUCUGUUUUACAGCAAUUUUUUAAAUAUCGCAUAAUCAUUUAUUUUUUGAGUAUAUCUAUACCCUGUUUUUAAACCAGGAGGAGUAAACUCGAAAGACAGAUUCACACCCAAUAAUGUCACUAGAAAAAUCACCAAAUACAUCUUCUGUUUUGGUUGAUCAUGUCAGCCUUUGACAGUAAUCCAUAAAUAUUGUAUUUACUAAUACGUCGCUAAAGACUUCUAAAAACAACUGUUUUGGAAAUAACAAUUUUUAAAGGAAUAAUGCAGGAAACACAAAAAAUUGCUGAUAUAACUUAAUUACCCUAUGAUGUCAAUAGUGUCAAAAUUUCAUAACAGAGGAGUAAACUUUCUUAAGGUUGGACCAUUUACAAACAAGCAAUAUGGCGCGGUAAAUUUGAAUUACUCCUAGUUUAAAAAUAGGGUAUAGAAAUUUUUUAGGAUAUUUUUGUAAAUAUAUUGUAGAAUGAUAUAUGAUAGUUAUAAGGCAAAAUAAAAGUCUUUUAAUAUAAUGUAAUUCAUUAAAAAUAAAAUAUACUGUUAAACAGC